CCACGAAAGACGAAAGAGAACCUUCCGUUUGGAGAACAUAUUAACGCGGCUGUUUGGUAACGCAGAUCGAGCCGGCCUGUUUAAAUUGUACAGUGCUGCUCUCGUGCUCUAUGUCUUCUUCCACUCUCCUCUUUAUCCUCCCGCCCUUUCCGUCCUCCCCGCCCUCUUCGUUAUUCUUGUUCUCCUCGUUCGUUCCGUCCUCUUUCUCCCUCUCCCCAUACUUCUCAAGAACUCCCCGGAAACCACUGUAACACGAGCCCACCAUGGUCACCACACGCCUGAUCGUCUCCAUCCUCACGCUGGCUCAAGGCUUCCUCCUGACCUCCGCAAAUCCCCUCCCCCGUGACGAAGCCGCCGUCAAUACGACCACCUGUGCGGGCAAGAGCUUCGCCUACCAUGGCCUUGCCGGCUACGGUGCCCUGCCGUCGGACCUCCGCGACAAGUUCGGCGACACCUUGAGCACGGGCAGUGCCAUCUCUAUCACUGGGUGGAAGGCCGUCAACAAGGGGAAGUCAUACAAGGCCACUAUCUGGGCACUGCCCGAUCGUGGAUGGAACACGGAGGGAACAACGGCCUACCAACCACGGGUCCACAAGUUCUCGCUCACCUUCACCCCGACGAGCGAGUACCCCUCGGGGCAGAACCUGGUGUACACAUACGAAGACACGAUCCUCUUCACGGACGCGGCCGGCACGCCGUUCGCGGGGCUGGACCCGACCACCACGCUCUCGCUGCCGGGCUUCCCGGCGCUUCCGGCCGCCUCUUUCCCCGGCGACGGCUUCGGCGGUGAAGGACCGGGUGGAAUCCGUGCCUCGCUGGACCCGGAGGGAUUGGCGCUCGACACCGCCUCGAAGGAGGGCGGAUUCUGGAUCUCGGACGAGUAUGGACCUUACCUGUACCAUUUCGCAUUGAACGGGACUAUGGAUGUCGCCAUCGCCCCACCGAAUGCUCUGCUGCCGCUGAGGAAGGGCGUCGUCAACUUCAGCUCGGAUAAUCCCCCGAUCUUUGAUAGGGAGCAGCAGCCGGAUCCGAUCGAUCCCACUUCUGGCCGUGCCAACAACCAGGGCUUCGAAGGCCUCACCUACUCCCGCAAAGACAACGCGCUCUACACCUUGCUGCAAUCCGCCAGCGUGAACAACGGCGGCCUCGAGAAGACCACCAACCGCUACACCACGCUCCUCAAGUACGCGCUCAACCGAACCGGCAAAAACCCCACUCUAGCGGGAGAAUGGACCGUCCCCCUGCCGCAGUACAACGACCCCUCCAAGAAGACCAACCCUCGCGUCGCCGCCUCCAGCGCGAUCCACGCCCUCGGCAACGACCGCUUCCUGAUCCUCUCUCGCGACGGCAACGCCGGGCGCGGCCAGGACUCCACACAGUCGCUGUACCGACACGUGGACAUAUUCUCGCUCGCCAGUGCCACCAACUUCGUGGGGCAAUACGACGACUUCAACUCCUCAUUCGCGCCGGAGGGCGUGCUGCGCUCCGAAAUCGUCGCCGCCGAGUACUGUCCUUUCGUCGACAUGAACCUCUCUGGCGAGCUCGCGAAGUUCGGACUCAUCAACGGCGGCACAGAUAAUGAUGCCGAGGGCCUCCUAAAUGAGAAGUGGGAGGGCCUCGCUACGGUCCCCGUAUACGGGGAAGAGAAUGCGCACUUCCUCUUUGCGAGCAGUGAUAAUGACUUUAUCACGCAGAAUGGGUACUAUAACUUUGGAAGGGAUCAGUAUAAGGAUGCCAGUGGCUUUAGUCUGCUCAGUCAGACGCUGGUGUUUAAGAUCAGUGUUAAGGGGAGGGAUUAGGUGUUGGAUAGGGGUACGGUGUUGGGUGGGGAGGAGUGUGCUUUCUGUUCUGAUCCGUUUGCUUCGUUUGCUGGGAUGAUGGCUUGGAUGAUGGCUUGGAUGAUGGAUGUCAAGAGAUAUACGGCGUGUAUGAUACUAGGUAGUAGAGUGCGAUAUGUAUAAUAGUUACCAUGGAUGGCCGAUAGAAUGAGGAUUCGACGGUUGAUUGAACAUCGUCUAGACCGAGAACUCGCCAAUGUCAAGAACGUCAGUUCAUAAUGGAUAGAAUGAGA